CCCACCCCUGGGCCUGAAACUGUUCCACCUUUGGGUUUGGUCUUGGGCAGCCUCCAGGAUAUAUCACCGAAACUCACAAAGCUGUGGGCCACUGACAGGGUGUCAGCGCUGACUGGAACAACUUUUCUGUGGCAGCAGUUUCAGAUCCGGUGUCAACCAAAAUAUGGCUACCAACAUGCAACUAGCAGCAGAUUUACUCAUGUUCAUUGGAAAGUCAGUAUAUACUUUCCUGGAGUCUAUAAUUUUGGCUUUAGUCCCUAAUCCAGGGAAGAAUGUAGCUGGUGAAAUUGUCCUCAUAACAGGUGCUGGGAGUGGACUUGGAAGGCUCUUGGCCUUGCAAUUUUCUCGGCUUGGAUCUGUGCUUGUUCUCUGGGAUAUCAAUACGGAAGGCAAUGCAGAGACAUGCAAGAUGGCCCAGGAAGCUGGGGCAAGAAGGGUUUUUGCCUAUACCUGUGACUGCAGCAAAAGGGAAGAUAUAUAUAGAGUUGCCGAGCAGGUUAAAAAGGAAGUUGGUGAUGUCUCCAUCUUAAUUAACAACGCUGGAAUUGUAACAGGCAGAAGUUUUCUCCAAUGCCCAGAUGACCUUAUGGAAAAAUCUUUUGAUGUGAAUUUCAAAGCACAUUUAUGGACUUAUAAAGCUUUUCUACCUGCUAUGAUUGCUAAUAACCAUGGCCAUUUGGUUUGCAUUUCAAGUUCAGCUGGACUAGUUGGAACAAAUGGACUGGCAGAUUACUGUGCAAGUAAAUUUGCAGCCUUUGGAUUUGCUGAGUCAGUAUUCCUAGAAACAGUUUGCCAGAAACAAAACGGCAUCAAAACCACAAUUGUGUGCCCAUUUUUCAUAAAAACUGGAAUGUUUGAGGGUUGUACUAGUAGAUUUUGUUUAUUACCAAUUCUGGAACCAGAAUAUGCAGUCAAAAAGAUAAUAGAUGCCAUUCUUCAAGAAAAAACGUACCUCUAUUUGCCAAGGUUUCUGUACUUCGUAAUGUUUUUAAAAAGUAUUUUGCCCAUCAAGACGGGUCUGGUUUUUGCUGACUAUGUGGGUGCCCUUAAUGCAAUGGAUGGAUUCCAUGGUCAAAAGAAAAAUAACUAAAGGCUAAUCCUAUGGAUGAUCUCAUCUGCUAUCCAAUGUUACCUAGUGCUCACUUCAACAAAGAAAAAUAUGUUUGUCCAAUA